GGGGUGGAGUUUGCAGGGCAAGCCCAACAGCAUGUCGCUCAGGGACAGGCCGCUAGAUGCCCAGCUCCACUACUCCAACUGGCUGCCAAGACCCAGGACUGUAACAAUGUGUCAUGGUAGUUAUCAUUUGGAAAUAGAAAAAGUUGGAGUUGGGACUUUCUAACUCAGAAGAAAGAAUGAACUAGAUCUGAAAGAAGCAGAACCUGUUCUCUGGGACCCUUCCAAGUGGAGAUGGAGUGCCAAGGAGGGGGCAGGUGCCCUCGUGGCAAGCAGGGUAGUUGUGUGUGCUGCUCAGUAUGUGGGGCCUGAAUCCUCAAAGCCCUUCCAUUGCUCCAGCACCUCUGCUGACCUGUGAUGGACAACUUCCAGUACACCGUUCAACUUAGCGACCAGGACUGGGCUGAGUUCUCGGCCACCGCUGAUGAGUGUGGCCUCCUGCAGGCUGGACUGGCCUCUGGGGACGAGCUUUUGUCCAGUGACAUUGAUCAAGGGGAUAGCAGUGACAGCAGCCCCUCUGGGCCCCCACCACUCCUUACUGGGCAGCUGGCUCUGGGGAGGAGGGACUGGUGGGGGUGCGAGGAGGGGGGAGAGGUCGUGGCCACCCAACAGCUGAUCAGCAGGUCUCAGUGUGAGCCUAUCUUGGCUCUGGAGGCCAGUCAGCAGGCAGUCGGCACGUCUGCACUGUCAGAAGGUCUGCUGUCCCUCAGCUCAGGCACUAUCCCGCUGGUUCAGUGUUCCUCCUUGCCAGGGCCAGCAGCUUCCAGAGGCGAGAUGCAGAGGCUUCUUCAGGGCCCUGCUCCAAGCCCCCCUGGUGAGCCCCCUCAGAGUCCUGAGUCUCCUGGCUGCAGUCUCACCCCCCAGAAGUCACUCGACAACCCUGGAGUCCCACCUUGGAGUCCUGGACGUAAGAAGAGGAGUGCUGUGUGUGCCAAGUGGGGAGGGCACUUGGGAGCCCCAGGCCCUGUGGCUACCCAGCUGGGAUACCAUGAGGCCAGGCCUGAGGGCAUUGUGGUUGGGACAGCAAAGCUGACGGCAGAGGUCCAGCAAGACAAGCCAGAGCCAGACUCUGCAGAUGCUCCUAAGCCCAGCUCCGGGUCCCCUGAGCUGGUUGCCAGACGAGGGCCUGGCUUGGAUCUGUCUACAUCUAUCCCAACAACUGAGCAAGGGACAGACCAGAUCAGAAUGACUCCCAGAGCUGAGCUGCACACCAUAUCCAUACCUGUCCAGGAGGUUCAUCCAGAUAGCUCCAUGGCUAAGUCAGACAUGGCUCCGUCUACGCCUGCCUGCAAGCCUCAACCCCAUAUGGCUUUGUCUACACCUGCCUCCAAGCCUGACAUGACUUUGUCUACAUCUGCCUUCAAGCCUCAACCCCAUAUGGCUUUGUCUACACCUGCCUCCAAGCCUGACAUGACUUUGUCUAUACCUGCCUCUAAGCCUCAACCCCAUAUGGCUUUGUCUAUAUCUGUCUCCAAGCCUGACAUGACUUUGUCUACACCUGCCUCCAAACCUCAACCUGACAUGUCUUUGUCUACACCUGCCUCCUCAACUCAGAUUGACAAGUCUGGGUCUGCAUCUGCCUCCACAAGCAGACUAUAUGUGGGCAUAUCAGGCACAGGGUUGAAGCCAGGGGUAGAUCUGUCUCCACCCAUCUCAAUGGUUGUGCCACAUGCAGCUCUGCUUCAUUCUGCUUCCAAGACUGCAUCUGAUAUGGAUGAUACACCUGCUGCACUCUCCUUGCUCCCUGUUCCCUGGGCUGAAGCUACUCUGGUGGACACCAAAGGUGCUGUAACUCCAGAGGGACAUCGAGAGAAGCCCAGAAGGGAGCCCUCAGCAGGAGCCCCUGGAGACCCCUCUGGAGAGCCCCUACAGGGCUCUGUUCAAGUCCCAAAGAGGAAGAAAGUGCGAUUCUCCAUGACCAUGCCCAGCCCUGAGGAGCUAGGGUCAGGUGAGGCUGCAGGCUCACCCUCAUCAACCACACCCUGGAUCCCAGCUUCCAGGACAGCAAUCGGGGGUCGUGGGGGUUCUGCAGCCUGGGAUGCUGUGGCUGUGGGUCCCCGGUCCCCUCAGCCUCGAAUCCUCAAGCACCUGCCACCCCCAUCCCCCUCUGCCUCAGUGGGGCCUGAGCCUGGGAGCCGCUUUGCAGUGACCCUUCCCGAGGCUUAUGAGUUCUUCUUCUGUGACACCAUUGAGGAGGAGGAAGAAGAUGUGGCGGGUGAGGCAGCAGCCAGCCAGGCCCUGGGUGAAGUUCAGUGGCCGGACAUGUGUGAGUUCUUCUUCCAGGACUGCCGAGCCCAGAGGUCAAGGUGCCAGGGGCACCACUCUCCAAUGCCAUCCCCAAGAGCUGAGCCUGCGGCAGCUACUCUACCUGGAGACCCAGUGCCCAUCUCCAUUCCUGAGGCUUAUGAACACUUCUUUGAGGAGGAUGGGCUUGGGGAUGCACUGCCACCAGCCACCCUUCUCCAAUUGCAGACCACUGAGCCUCUCAGGGAAGUGGGGCUUGGGGCACCCCCCAAGCCUGGCCCAGUCACAACACAGCAGCUCAGUCUGGCGGUCAGGCGGGCAGGGGAGCUCCGGGGUCCUCUCACCUCAUUUACUUUCAGCCAGAAUGACAUGUGCCUGGUGUUUGUAGCCUUUGCCACGUGGGCUGUGAGAACCUCAGAUCUACAUACCCCAGAUGCUUGGAAAACAGUCUUGCUGGCCAACAUCGGCACCAUCUCUGCCAUCCGCUACUUCCGUCGGCAGGUGGGUCGAGGACGCAGCCCCAGCCGCAGCCCCAGCCCCAGCCACAGCCCUAGCUGCUAAGAGCCAGGCCUGCCCAGAAGGCGCAGGAUGCCCAGAUGAGCCCAGGGGCUCUGGAUCAGGUGCUGCCCACUUCCUUGCCUUUGAUACCUGUCUUCUACAGCAUUCAGGAGGGAGCCAGUGUCCUUGACUCUCUUGGACUCCACCUGAGGGUUCACCAGUGACCAAGGCCACUCCCCACACCUAGGAGGGAGAAGGUUUGGGAUUCUGGAUGGGUAGGUGCUGAGCAGAGAGUUGGUUAGUAGGGCAUCAGAUUAGAAAAUAAAAACAGGGUGCCCAGUUAAAUUUGAAUCUCAGACAUGAAAUAUUUCAGACAUUACUUUACUAAGAAAUUACUUGUUGUUUAUCUAACUUAACUGGGCACUUGCAUUUCUCUGCUUAUGUGGUGAGAAGAGCAGCAGGAGAGGAUGCUGGGGCGAGGGGUGUCAGAGCAACAAGGUCCCGCUGAGUCUGGGUAGGGCCAUGACAAGGAUGCUAGGUGGCUUUGAAGUUGAGGGGUGGGGGGUAUCCAGGGACUCUGCUCUGUUCACAGGAGGGGUGGGCUGGUGAGUGUCAUGGAGGCCCCUCUGACCCCUGAGUCCAGAGGGUUCAUGGCCACAGCCUGCCUGGGCCAGGCCUGAGUCAGUGAGCAGGUGCCUAGUGGAUGCCUCUGAAGGUGGCUCCUGUAGCCCCUACAGGGUGAAUCUGUGGGGCAGGGCUGGUUCCUCUUUGGGAGCCCUGGAUGAGGGCCCAGAACUCAGUGACCUCCAGUGGAAGGACUGUCUCCUGGGACUGUAUCAUAGGUAGCUCACAUGGGGCUGAGGCUGAGAAGAGCAUUGGGGUGGGAAGCUGGGAGAGGGGCCUGAGGAGGGAGAGUAAUGGCAGGGCAGGAUGUGGUUCUGCCCAAGGCUACAUGAGCAGGGUCCCCAAGACAGAGGGGGACCCCUGGCUGCUCCUAGAGGAACAAAGGCACACAGCACCAAUAAAAUUUCUCUUUCUCAUUUAUGGUGUUAGUA